AUGUCUGUCCUGCAGCGUAACCCUCAUCAGCCAAUGCUGCUUGCACAGUAUCCUCUGGUGAAAUAUUCCUAUGCUGAGACUUCUUCCGAUCAACAUGGCCCCAUUAAUUGGACUCACGUUCAGUCCAAUGAUCUCAAUGCCAUUUUUGAAAAGGAGCCAGUCCAGCAAAGACUGAAGCUUCGAGUCGUUCGAGCGCGUGAGCAAUUGGAAGACAUUGAUCUGAACGACUUCGCUCGGGAAGCUACUCAGCAAGCUAUUGCCAGGCAGACAAGGAUUACCAAACCCACUGUUACCUUAUUGGUGAAAGAUCCAUGCCUGGCAUUUCGUUUUCCGUCUGGCAGAGAUCAGAUGCAUCGGUUUCAAUUGAAAUUCGCCUCGAGCAGAGAUUACCGGGAAGGGCUGGAUAUAUUCAGGGAAAUCAACUGCCCUUUCAGCGAGACAUCGUCAGAUCAUAAUAUGCGCUCGGCAAGCUCGCGGCCAGAAUCGUCAUCAUCACGGAUCACGAACUCUACGAGUCCAGCGUUCAAUGGAGGCAUUGAAUGGGGAAAUAUACCGGGAAACCCUGGCGUCCAGCCAUGGAAUUCGGGGUUUCUGCGUAGUCACACAACAUUGGGAACCCCGACAGAUAGAAUGGUAUCCCACGGUACUGCUCCACCCAAUAAAAGCUUUCGACUAACCUCUCCAACGUCCUUCAUUCCUGAAUCACACUACCGAAAUGCGAUCAAGUCUCCGGCUCUCGACGAGUCUCUGAAAGAUUCCUUGGGCUCCCAUACGUUCUCACAAUUUGCAGACUCUCGAACUCAAGAGCAAGAAAGGCCCAUCACCGCCCCUACUCUUGAUACUCAAGCUCUUGAACAAGUGCUGCCGCCGAAAAGGGACCUCCCAUUUUCAAAACCUGGACCACGUCUAUCGAGUAUUUCCUCACGCCACGCUCCGGACCCAAGAAACCAUCCCGAUGGCCUAAGCACUGUCUCUGUCAUGACAAAUGCAUCCUCGCGACCUGCCACUGCGCUACCACGAGUCACUGUGCCGCCAACAAGUUCACCUGCACGGCAACUCCGUCUAGAGCUUGAAGAUAGCCGACGGGGUAAUACGAAUCGAGAUCACGACCAUCCAACUCGGGGCCAGAUUCUGUCGUCGUCCCCAUUACUUGAGACUUCUGCUUUUGGAACCUCAAGCACGGAGAUUGGGAAUACUGCAUCGCAUUAUAAAGCCACCACGCAGUCACCGAAUCCCUCCAAUCUCUCACCUGUCGUGCAGAAUAAGUCGCCUAUCUCUCUUCGGAUGCAGCCACAAGAGCAGCAACAGUACCAACAGUCAAUCAAUAAUCACAACAAUGCUGAUACGACAACAACAACAACACCUGUCUCUACUCAUCCCUUCGUCGUGACAUCAGCAGAUCUAACGGCCUAUCUUACAACCCCAGAAUCAGAGCGCUCACAGCUAGUCAACAACUGGAUAUGCCAACAACUCGAAGAUGAUGGCUUUCGGACAUUGUGUCAGGACGUGGAGCGAGUAUGGCAGCGAAUUGCAUUUGGGAAUCGAAUGGCGUGA